GCUGGAGAAACACACACACACACACCUUCAUCAUCAUCAUGGACUGCGGAUGUGAUUGUGCAGAUUUUGCGCAGCCGAAUGCCAUCCUGUUUAAUAUUCUCAGCCGUGGAGAGUUCAACUAUAAGCGUGUUCCUCAAUCUUGUCACUGUGAGAAGCGCAGACGAGUGUGUUUGCAGGCGCCGAGUGAGACGUGUGCGCUGGCGUCAGACGUGUUGGUGAAGACGGUGUAUUUCAUGAAGAAUCUGCCGGCGUUUCAGCAGCUGCCGCCCAAAGACCAGCUGAAGCUCCUCCAGAACUGCUGGGCGCCGCUCUUCAUCCUCGGCCUGGCGCAGGACAGGGUGCACUUCCAGGUGGACGAGAGCCCAGCUCCCAGCAUGCUGAAGCAGAUCCUGCUGAGCGGGCAGGAGAGCGCAGGUGCGGACCCCGAACAGCCCACUCUGGCUGGCGUGCAGACGCUCAAAUCCUGCAUCAACAAGUUCUGGAGUCUGGAUCUGAGCCCAAAGGAGUACGCCUACCUGAAGGGCACAGUCAUAUUCAAUCCAGACGUGCCGGGUCUGAAGGCGUCUCUGUUCGUGGAGGGUCUUCAAUAUGAGGCUCAGCAGGCCCUGAAAGAGGUUCUGGUUCCUCUUUAUCCGCAGGACGGAGGACGAUUCGCUCGAAUCCUGCUCACCGCGUCCACAUUAAAGAGCAUCACGCCAAGUUUGAUCACAGAGCUGUUCUUCCGGCCUGUCAUCGGUGACGCUCAGAUCCUGGAUCUGCUCACUGACAUGCUCUUCAGCCGAUAGGCAGAAAGUCGCACUACAAGGUUAUUAUAGUUUACCUUUUUUUAUUUUAAUUUUAAAUUAUUUUUUAGGGGUUUUCACCUUUUAUUGACAGGACAGUGGACCUCGAGCCAGGAACCGAACUCGGGUUGCCGCAAGCACCUGAGUGCUAUAUGUCAACGCACUAACCACUAGGCUAUUGGCGCCGACGUAGUUUACCUUUUUAAAAUUGGUUUUAUUAUUAUUGUUUUAAAGGACUCCUAUUUUACCCCUUGUACACGGUGUAAGAUCAGCCUUUUGUGCCUCCAGAGUGUGCCUGUAAAGUUUCAGCUAAUUUCAGCUUUGAUUUAGUGGCUAAUUCAUAAUAAUUCGUAUGAUCUGAUUCAUACAAUAUAGUAUGAUUUGCUGAUCACCCAAUGAUGGAUGGGUUUAGGGGUGGGGUUAGGUGCCACGCCUCCUUUUUAAAAUCCUACAUUUUUGUGACUCCUAUUCCUACGAAUUAGUCACUAAACUGACAAAACGUAAAAUACUUACGUUUUCUCGUGAGAUCAGGGUGAAAAUACCCAUCAGAUCAUUUAUUACACGAUGCAGAAUAUGUGUAUUUUGGGCUCAGAGUCUUUGUAGCUUGUGCCUUUAAAUGCAAAUGAGCAGGUUCUCCUCGCUAAUGAAAUUGCAAUUAACUUAAUUUACAUUUGAUGCAUCUCUGGUAAAUGGAUAUAUCUAUCCCAUGCUACGGUAUAUGCAAAUUUAACUAGCUUACAAUAACUAAAGCAUCAGAUACACUGCAUUUUAGUUACUUACUAUUAUUAUUUAAUGAAACGUAAGCUAUAAAUGCAUAAAAAUGCGUAAAAAUGUGACCAGAUAUAAACAGCCCCUUAAUGAUACCAAUAAAAUAAUAUUUUAAACAAACACUAAACACUAAACCUUAAUGUGUAAAAGUAAAAAGACAAACCUCUUUAUAUAAGAGAUGUUUAUAUGCAGGUAAACAUGCAUAUUCGCUGAUGUGUUUGGCGCCAUCUACUGCUGAUUCUCUAAACAGCAGCAGAUUUUGCGUCACAGAAUAAUGAGUGCUUAAUUCUGAAAAUGCUUAUUUAUUUGUGCUAAUUAUUGUUUUAUUUUAGUUGUUCAGUAGUUUUUCAUUUUUUGAGAAUUUCUACAUCUUUUUUUACCAAAUGUUUUGUUCUUUUUUUGCUCAGUUUCUUUUAGUUUUGGUUUACUACAAUAACCUUGCCGCGGACUCACAGAUGUCUUAAAUAUGGAGAUUUUUCUUCAGAAACACUGGAUAAACCCACACUACAUCAGGACUGAUCUGAACAGUUACAGACUCUUUAUUGUUUACACACGUUCAUGACAUUUCUGCAGCUUUGUAAUGCUGUUUAGGUCACAAAGAUGUGAUUUAUGUUUGAGUAUUGAUUGUUUCUUGCCCUUUGUUUGAUGUAAAGUUGUAAUUUUUUUUAUACUGGAUGUAAAAAUGCAAAGUAUUCCUUGAUAAAAGGCAGCAAACGGAGCUUGACCUAUCGUCUCUGUGAGAAAGCCAGAAUGUAUUUGAGGAAAAAAACAUUUGUGUUCAUAAAUAUGCUGCAAUAAAUUUAUUUUUACAGA